AUGACAGAUCACACAGCUGCCGCGGACGACUCCCUAAAAGCGGUCGACGGGAAGGAAAAACUCGCCCGUCCAAAAUGUCCCUCUGAGGAGGUGGUCGGAGUCGCAGAGGAUUUGGCGGCCAUCCAGCUGGAUGCGGCCAAGGAGACGAAGCUGCUGGCCAAGCUGGACGUGGCCUUUGUGCCUGUGAUCAUGUUUGCGUAUUUGACCUGCUUUUUGGACCGGAGUAAUAUCGGCAACGUCAAGGUCGCCAACAUGCCCAAAGACAUCCACGCCUCGCCCAGCCAGUUCUCGACCGCCGUCUCCAUCUUCUACGCCACCUACGUCUCCUUCGAGACGCCCUUCACCGUCAUCAUGAAGAAGGUCAUGCCGCGCAACCUGCUGACGGGGCUGGCCACCGUCUGGGCCCUCGUCACCAUCUUCUCCGGCUUCAUCGUCAACGUGGGCGGGGUGUAUGCGACGCGCCUGAUCCUCGGCUGCUGCGAGGCCGGCCUGUUUCCGUGUCUGAACCUGUAUCUGACCAUGGUGUACCGCCGCGAGGAGCAGGCCAAGCGCGUGUCGUAUCUGAUGAACUGCGCUGCUAUUUCGGGUGCUGUGGGCGGGUUGCUGGCGUAUGGGUUGCUGCAUAUGGACGGCGUAGCGGGGAAGGCGGGAUGGAGAUGGGUCUACAUCAUCGAAGGCCUCUUCAGCAUCGUCGUCGCCGUGUGGAUCUGGUUCGGCCUGCCCAACGACCCGGCCAACGCGUACUUCCUCACCUCGGAGGAGAAGUGGAUGAUGCAGGUGCGCAACGCGCAGCGACGCAAGUACAUGGGGAGCGAGAAAUUCAGCUGGGAGGAGGUGCGCAAUGCGCUGCGCGAUCCGAAGCUGUGGAUGAGCGGCAUCAUCCAAUUCUGCCAGGACAUCCUCCUCUACGGGUUCAGCACGUUCCUCCCGUCCAUUCUGAACAGCAUGGGCUACGACACGCUGCGCAGCAACGCGCUGACAGUGCCGGUCUACGUCUGGGGCGCAUUGUGCUUCACGGCCAUCGCGUGGUUCUCAGACCGGUACUCGAAAUUCGCCAUCUUCCUGCUCGGCGCCAACGUCUUCUCCAUCGUCGGAUACAUCCUCCUGCUGACCGUCCAUUCCGACGCGGUCAAGUACUUCGCCACCUUCCUCUGCGCUGUGGCCACCUACACGGGUCCCGGGCUGAACAUCGCCUGGCUGAACGUGAACAUGGCGCCGCACUACCGCCGCGCGGCGGCCAUCGGCUUGCAGCAGACAAUGGGCAACACGGCGGGCAUCGUGGUAGGCCAGAUCUACCGCACGAGUCCGUACGUGCUGGGCAAUGCGUUCUCGCUGGGCGCGCUGGGCGUCGCGCAGACCCUGAUCGUGGCGCAGAUGCUGUAUUUGAAGCGGCAGAACGGAAUAAAAGCAAGGAUCGCCUCGGGUGAGAAGGAGGACACGCGAGCGGUGAAGACGGGCGAUGCCGAGGUGGACUUUACGUAUCAUUUUUGA